CUCACCCCCGCCCCACACACACACACACUCCACUUUCUCUCCACCUCCACUCUCCUUGCAUGUGAAAUACCGAACAACAAUAUGCUGAACCAUUAUUUAGAAAUGAUUCUCUCUUCACAUAAUCGACUCCUCCCUCUAUUUUAAGCACCUCCAGUCUCCAUCCCCUCUUAACAGUGUGCCGGCUCGAGGUAAAACACAUCCCAGAAUGCCCGUCAUAUUGUCUAGGCUACUCGUAACAGGACAUUUCUGCUGAUGCGGUAAUGUCUGAAAAUGGCAAGUGUUCGCUUAUUGCCCCUUAAUGUAUCUCCCCCCUGAAUGGCAAAAUAAUACUUUCUCCUGCGGUACAAGCCGUUCAGUCCGAAGUACCCAACCGGCUACAGACGUUGCGGCUUACAGUUACUUUUUCUCAGUUUUUUCCAUCUUCACGUUUCUCCUCUGACUCCCGCGUGAUUUGACAUCGAAUGUGAAGAAGAGACGACAGGAUCAAGAUGUAGACAAAUAAGACAUUUAAGUUAUCCGAGAUGAACGGCUCAGACAGUGAUGCCUUGAGAGUUUUAGCCUACCAGGGCGAUCUGACGCUGCACAGAGGAAAGCUCCAAUGUGUUGCGGUGGGGUGCAACGUAAAGUGUUAAUAUAUUAACACAUGACAACAACUCUCCGGAUGUCCAGGAUGUCCUAGCGUUGAAUGACUGUGCUGAGUCGCGGACAAGACGCAUUCCGUCAGGAUUCCUUCACGAUCAUCCUGAGAGGCAUCAGCAGCAGCAGCAGAUGCAGCGGAGAGCAGCAAUGGUUGAGUCAGCCAGAACCGCAGUGGAGCCGCACUGAGGCAAAGCAAGUUAUACCCCCCCUAUCUGGGGACUAGCACAAGAAAUAGGGGGAGAAGAAGAAGAGUGCAGAAGGAAAUUGUAUACUGCCAAAACCUGAAUGCCGCCUGUUCAAUCAGAUUAACCGGACAACAGGAAUUCCACAACUCCUGCUGCAACAGAGCUCCCGAAUUCGAGCUACAAGAUGACCGUAGUGGCAGGAGAUAACAUGGACGAGACCGUGGCAGUGCCGGGGCACCCGCAGGACUCGUACCCCCCCGACCAUGAAGACCACGACUGCUGCGAGAGGGUGGUCAUCAACAUAGCGGGGAUGCGGUUCGAGACGCAACUCAAAACUCUCUCCCAGUUCCCCGAGACAUUGCUAGGCAACCCCAAGAAGAGGAUGCGCUACUUUGACCACCUGAGAAACGAGUAUUUCUUUGAUAGAAACCGUCCCAGUUUCGAUGCCAUCCUCUACUAUUACCAGUCUGGCGGUAGGCUGAGAAGGCCCGUCAACGUCCCAUUGGAUAUGUUCUCGGAAGAGAUAAAGUUUUAUGAGUUGGGAGUGGAUGCCAUGGAGAAAUUCCGUGAGGAUGAGGGCUUCGUCAGGGAGGAAGAACGUCCUUUACCUGAGAAGGAGUUCCAGCGUCAGAUCUGGCUGCUUUUUGAACACCCAGAGAGCUCCGGUCCAGCCAGAGGGAUUGCUAUAGUAUCUGUUAUGGUCAUUCUGAUUUCUAUAGUCAUCUUUUGUUUAGAGACUUUACCUGACUUGAAAGAAGACCCUAGGGGUCGGUUUAAGACUGUAGGGAACCAUACUUUUUACUACAAACCAAACAUCCUAAAAGAUCCCUUCUUCAUUAUUGAAACUCUUUGCAUUAUCUGGUUCUCGUUUGAGUUGAUCGUGCGUUUUUUCGCGUGUCCAAGCAAGGCGGUCUUCUCCAAAAACAUGAUGAACAUCAUUGAUAUAGUGGCCAUCAUUCCUUACUUCAUCACACUGGGAACGGAGCUGGCUGAGGACCCCGAAGACCAGGACGAGGGCAUGGGAGAGCAGGCAACAUCUCUGGCCAUCCUCAGGGUGAUCCGUCUGGUCAGAGUGUUUAGAAUCUUCAAGCUGUCACGACACUCCAAAGGAUUGCAGAUCCUGGGACAAACCCUCAAGGCCAGUAUGCGCGAGCUCGGAUUGCUCAUCUUCUUCCUCUUCAUUGGAGUCAUCCUGUUCUCCAGCGCGGUGUAUUUCGCAGAGGCCGAGGAGAAAGGGUCGUACUUCGGCAGCAUCCCAGAAGCCUUCUGGUGGGCCGUGGUAUCUAUGACAACUGUGGGCUAUGGGGACAUGGUGCCUGUCACUAUAGGGGGUAAGAUAGUAGGCUCCCUUUGCGCCAUAGCCGGUGUGUUGACGAUUGCGCUCCCAGUGCCUGUCAUUGUGUCCAACUUCAACUACUUCUACCACAGGGAGACCGAGGGAGAGGAGCAGGCCAAACUCUUAGAAGUUAGUGAACCAAACAUUAGUGAAAGCAACUCUAGUCGCCGCAGCUCGUCCACUGUCAGCAAAUCAGAGUACAUGGAGAUUGAUGGAGAUAUAAAUAAUAGCAUCGACAACUUUAGAGAGGCAAACCUCAGAACUGGCAAUUGCACUAUAGCCAACCAAAACUGUGUAAAUAAAAGCAAGCUGCUUACAGAUGUGUAGAAUUAGACACCAUGGGACUUAAAUGAUGCCGUCACAUGUUAACUGCCGUUAACUGCACUAGACCAUCAGGUCUGAAAGCUUCAUUCACCUCCUAUAAGCGUUCUAGCAUUACAACAACAACCAAGCUCAGCAAUUUGAAAGUAAUUAUUACAGGGGAAAAAGAAAAUGAAGCUGUUACUAGAGAAUAUAACAUAUAGAUAGAGUAACUUAAUUAUUCUAAAAUGAUCCUUUAAAUAAGUAUUGAAAAAGAAAAAAGAAAACUUAUAUUUAACACGCACAAGCAAAUGCGGGCGUCCUUGGAGGAACACUAACCAACAGCACUCAUGAGGACAUAUCUGUCUUUAUCAGACGAAGCCAGGCGUCGUAAUUAAAAUGUUAUGCAUGGAUUACAGAUAACAACAUUUCAGUAAGUUGCACAAUGCAUCAAGGAGAAAAUGCAUCAGAAAUAUGCUUUGCUGCCUGCAGAGAGAGAGAGAGAGACGCAAGUCAGCAUCUGCAGCAGUCAGACAGUGGUCGGAUCGAGCGACGCCCCGCCUGAAGUCAGAGGCUACUUCUCUACCCCUCUGUCAUCAAAGGAUUUACUAUCCAGCAAAGCGCCCAGGAAAAAGACUGAUCACUGAUCUCCUGGUUUGGAUGAUGACGAGGAGGAUCUAGGAUACGGACAUCCGCAAUGCUGCUAUUUUCCAGCAGUAAGAUGCUGUAAUUAUGAUAUCACUAAGUGAUCCAAUGGGAUUUUAGCCCUUUAAUGCAAGACAGCACAAUUAUUAAACAAAAGAGCUUCACACGAGCAUGUUUAGAAACUCCCCAUACAUGUUGAUAUUGGCAUGCGUGAUGAUGAGACAUAACCUCAUAAUAAUGGAGAAAAAAAAUAUUUUGGAUAUUUGCAUCCCCCCUAUGCCUUCAUUCGAUUCAUCCACCCCUUUAUGCUUUUGUUUCACUGAGAGUGCAGUACUGGUUUCAAAUAGUUUUUCAUUUCAAAAUGCUAAUCGUUUAGAAGUAUCUAGGGAGUGAAUGUUAAAAAUCGUAAGGGAAACAGUAACUAAACUAAGAUCAUAGCAUGAGAAAAAGCAACCUGCAUUACGGUCUAUCGACUAGAUACUGUGUAUACUAGUAUAUCUAAUGCAUGACGUCAGUAUUCAGCUUGUUGCAGUUACAGACACGGAAUAGUGUCUUAUACUGUCAUGGAAACGAAACGUGGGUAAUUAAAACAUGAAUCCCUGAAACGUUUCUGAAAUGUGACAAAAUACAGUAUAUCCAAACCCAACUCGGGGGUUCAGACUUAAAACGUUCUCGAUCAAAGAAGCAGAAUAAAUACCUAUUAUCAAAAAUGCAUAUUCUCAUAAAUACGCACCAAGUAUUACAGUAUUACUUCAAUAGUGCAGUGCAUGGACCUUCUUUGAACAAAGAAAAAGUAAACAUAUUAUGAGUCAUGUCUUCCAUUUCACCACAAAAUGUAGGGGCGUUUGUUUAUUUUCAUUAACAAAACAAUCGAAAUAGCUCUAAUUCUAAUGAAAUUAGCGUUUGUUUAAUAAAUAUUGCAAAUCAUUAUUUUGCACUUUAGUUGCUAGUGCCUUUACCCCUCUCACCAUGCAACAGGUUCAGUGAAAGUGCCUCUGUGUAUAUAGCCUACAACAUAAAUACAUGUUGAACAGAUCAGGUGCAGAAGAUCUUGUUUUCGCAUUAUGCUGUUAUUAAUGCUGUUAUUGAUGUGGACGAUGAUGAGGAUGGUUAUUAAUACAGUGAGAGAAUGUUCAGUGAAAACAACCAUGGAAGUCCAUUACCAACAUGACCCAGGAUUUAGUUUACCCAAGAUUCUAGAACAAGAUUCUAGAACAACUCAACAUUGUUGUCCUCAUGAUGCACUUAUGCUCUUCCUGGAACCAACCAUCCUCCUGUGCUUUCUGUUUCUUCACCCAUGCACCACUUCAAAUCCAAAGGGAAUAUCCGUUGCUUUGCAUUUGCUUUGCAUUGCAUUGUUGCUAUUGAUUUAUGUGCCAUAAGUCUUGCGUGUCUACCUCAGUGAGGUUACUGCAGAACUCACUGCAGAACUGAAGCUAUACUCCGAGCCAGGCAGAUCUGCAAGCAGGCUAUAUCGACGCAGAGCAGCGCUUACUUCUUCCACAACAUGAAAAAUUGCCUUUUAGUGGACUAGGCUGUGGUCAUCAGGGCCUGCACUUACAAAGUGCCUCAGAGUAGGAGCGCAGAUCUAGGAUCAGGUCCCCCAAUGUCCAUGUCAUCUUAUUCAUUCUGAUCUAAAAGGCUAAUCUGAUCCUAGAGCUGUGCUCCUACUCUGAGACACUUUGUGAAUACAGGCCCAGAUGCUGAAUAGUUAGAAGCACUUAAAAUAUACUCUAGCCCCCUUAACCCUAUCCCCUUUCCUUCCAAGCUAUGCAUAAUCAAAAAAGAAGAGAAACAAACAUUUCUAUACAGAUGUAGGAUCUUAAUUUGAUCACUCUUUUGUUGAUGAUCAUUUUCCUGCGUGGCAAGAAAUGCAAACUUGUUGUAUAUUCAAGGUUUAAAAAGGCUUUUAAAGUUUGUAAUUUCUGCUUUAAAAAUGUCAGAUCUGAUUUGCCCUAAUGUAAAAUGUAUCAACCCUUACAACAAAAAAAUCCAUUAAUUAUAAUCCACAUUUCCUGUUGCUGCAAAAUUAUUUUCCUGCUGUAGAAAACUAGCUUACAUUAAGAUCCUCCAUCUGUAGUAGCAGAGUAGACCAGAGCAUAAUGAUUUAGACUGUCUGAUUCUCGAAAAACAUGUUAAUACAAGUGGUUUGGUUUCAAAUCAAAUCAAAUUGUAUUGGUCACGUACACAUUUAGCAAACGUUAUCGCAGGUGCAGCGAAAUGUUUUAUGUUUCUAGCUCCAACAGUGCAAUACUACCUAGCAAUGGUGUGUAUAGACAGUAUAUGAAUAGAAAAAGUGUGUACAGCAGUAGUUAUACAGGAUGGUGUUCCAUGACUAUGUAGAUAGGGCAGCAGUUUCUGAGGGUAAACAUUUGGAUUCUUUGGUGUGACAGUUGAGAAGCAAUGCAGGUUUGAUACUAUUACCCAGUGGUGGAUAAAGUACCCAGUAGUCAUACUUGAGAAAAAGUCAAGACACUUUAACAGGAAAUAACUCAAGUAAAAGUGAAAGUCACCAAGUAAAAUACUACUUGAGUAAAAGUUUUAAAGUAUUUGGUUAUAAAUGUACUUAUGUAUCAAAAGUAAAAGUAUAAAUCAUUUAAAAUUCCUUAUAUUAAGCAAACCAGAUGACACAAUUGUUAAUGUUUUUUGAAUUUACGGAUAGCCAGGGGCACAGUCCAACACUCAGACAUCAUUCAGAAACAAAGCAUUUGUGUUUAGUGAGUCCACCAGGUCAGAGGCAGUAGAGAUGACCAGGGAUGUUCCCUUGAUACGUGUGUGAAUUGGACCCUUUCUGUCCUGCUAAGCAUUCAAAAUGUAACGAGUACUUUUGGGUGUCAGGGAAGAUAUAUGUAAAAAGUACAUCAUUUUCUUUAGGAAUGUAGUGAAGUAAAAGUAAAAGAAGUCCAAAAAUAUAAAUAGUAAAAUAAAGUACAGAUACCCCAAAAAACUACUUAAGUAGUACUUUGAAGUACUUUACACCACUGCUAUUACGUCACAGAACUAUCCUGUCCAAUUAUAUCUGUGAAUGCCUGAAAAGUGUGCCACAUUUCAUUGAUGAGGAAUGCCCUUUCUAGUAAUUAUAUUUCUGUGUAUCUCUGUCGCAGACGGACAAUGAAUUACCCAGGGAGUUUUAAGUAGAUUUGUUUUGGCAUAUUGGGAUUUCACCCUGGGCAUUAUCAGCAAAUUAUAAAAGGCUCCACAGUCUUUGCUAGUUCAAUUUGCUCAAUAUCUACAUGUAUUUCAUCAUUGUGUCUUCCAGCUUUCAGCAAAGCUUACGGAUGCUUUGUAAAUGCUGUUAUGUUGUUUAAGCAACAUUUUGGCUGUCAUAAUCAAAAUCAAUAUGAAAUGACAAGAGGAUUUAGAAUCAAGGCAUGACACUGGUAUCACUCCUAGAAAUGUUUGUGACACUGAAGUCAAGGGAUUACACACAACAGAUGUAAUGAUGCCCACACAUCAACAUAGCUAAAGAUUCAAUUACCCUUAUGACUGUAUGUUACUUGGAUGAAAAGGACUGUACCAUAUUUUCCUUUCGGGUCUCCACGACAGUGUGAAAAGGGUCUUCGUGGACUAACAGCAAGCUAGCAAAGCAGGCUAAUGUACACAUUGUUUGGCGAAGAGGCCUUGUUUGAUUCUGUGAAUCUAGUUGCUCGUUGUUAUUUGCUAUGCUUAUGUUGAUUUGCUCUUAUUAUUGAUUUGCUGCAAACUUAGAAUGUGUCUGUCUAUCAGAGAGCCUUCCUAGAUGUCACUUCAGUUGAAUAUGUCAGUUCAAUAUGUCAGUGAAGUUGACAUUUGAGUCAAAAAAGAAAUAAAAUAAGUGUUACUUCUGUGUCAGGGAUUUUCAGGGUUUCUGACCAAGAGAAUGUCAUCAAGUCUUAAGAACAGAUACAGAAUCUCCCAAAUACAACCAAUACAAAGUGGCUCUCCUAUCUCAAGUUUCAAGUGUCAACAUUUAUCUGCCACUUUGACAAGAUACAACAGCUGUAAAACAGUUUAGUCAAAUUCUCACCAUGAGAGCUUUUUCCCAAUAACACAGUGAUAAUAAUAAUAGAUACAGUAGAUACUAAUAGAAAUAAACAUUUAAAUAAAAACCACACAAGAAAAACAAGAGAAUGUAAGUAUAUACAGGCCACUGCCAGUACCUUAUUAAAUGUGCAGGGAUACUGGAGUGGUUGUAUAUACAGGCCACUGCCAGCACCUUAGUCAAUGUGCUGGGGUACUGGAGUGGUUGUAUAUACAGGCCACUGCCAGCACCUUAGUCAAUGUGCUGGGGUACUGGAGUGGUUGUAUAUACAGGCCACUGCCAGCACCUUAGUCAAUGUGCUGGGGUACUGGAGUGGUUGUAUAUACAGGCCACUGCCAGUACCUUAUUAAAUGUGCAGGGGUACUGGAGUGGUUGUAUAUACAGGCCACUGCCAGCACCUUAGUCAAUGUGCUGGGGUACUGGAGUGGUUGAGGUGAGUUUAUACAUACAAAGUAUCUCUACCAUGUACAGUAGCUAGCUGACCAUCAGGUAAAUUAUAUGUUUUUACCAUAUGUGGUUUCUCUUAUGGCCCAGAAGAGUGGUUGGACAAAAUAUGUCCUAUUCCACCAAAUACCCAUGAUGCAACAGUUCACAGUGAGGUUGAGGGCCGUCACUAGUUACCCCAGCCAAAAAGUCAUAAGUAUGGCUAAACCUUGAAUUUGUGGCUGUGGUAGCUAGUGACAUCCAAGUUUGAGGGAACCCAUGCGAAACCCCUCACGUCACGAUACCAGUACAUCCAUUGCUCUUGCCGUGAGGGCAAUCUAUGCAUGGUGCUAUGCAUUUAACUAUUCUAUAAAAAAACAAAAAAACAAUGCAUUCUUAUAGCAAUAGAAUUACAGGUACCUGUUUUCUUAGAAACUUUUGUAAACUAAGAAAUUCAUUAAUCUAUUUAAAAAAGAUAUGGAGAAGACAGAUGGUCUCGAUGUCUUUACAGAUAUUUACAACAUGGCUGUCUGUAUAUGUUGUUUGUUGUAUUCUUUGAUUUCCUUAAGGUCAGUGGGGUCAAAGGUUAAAGAUCAAAGUUAAACACCUGAGUCAUGUUCAUUAGGGAAAACAGUUGUAAAACAUUUUGCAACAAGAACAUUUUGAGUUUCUUAUUGGACAGAGAGUAAAUCCCCAAAGUUUUAAAACAUUUUUUGGUACAGAAAAUGAAAAUAGUUUUUCUUAUCUGACAAGUUGGCCUACAAGAUAGGCUUCCCCAUUUCACUCUAGUUUAGAGCGGUUUAUUCUAUUUGGUGCCUAAUGAACACAACCCUGUCCUAACACUAAGCAGAGAAAAGCUAUGAAAUGGCCAAAUAUAGGUAUUGUACAGUGGCCAUCCAAUCCCCAUCCACCUCCUAGGUUAACCUGGAGUAGUUUUCCAGAAAGGAAGCUAUGUUGACUAAUGGAGCAGAGUAGCCAGAAGCACCCUCCCACAGGAUUGAAGGGCUGUGUGUCUAGUGUGAACGAGAGUCUGAGAUGGUGCCUAUAUAGCUUUGUUUGUAUAAUGUAUGCUAUUCAAAAUAAAAACGAGUGAGGUCUUUUAAAAAAUACCAUUCAGAGAAACUCAAGUAAAAGUAAACUAUAUCUAAAAAGAAGAAACACUGUUAAAUAGAGUAUUGCAAGCAACUUUAUAGAGCAACAUGUCAAAACCAAUGAUAUCUAUGUUUUUAUUGUGUAUCUUAUUUUUUGUUUUAUUUGUCACUAUACUACGAUUUAUUCCCACUGGGCACAGAAGUCAUUUCAAGGUCUAUUCUACAUUGGUUCAAAGUAAUUUCAUUGAAAUUACAUGGAAACAAUGAUGAUUGCACCAGUGGGUGCCCAGUGGGUUGUAUUUAGGAAGAACAUGACAGAAUAUCCUGAAAUAUCAAAGACAAUAAUAAUGUGUUCCUUUGCAAAGCCAUGAUGAUUAAACUGAAGUACUAUUGUUAUCAAUUUACUGUACUGUCAAUUUACUGUACUGUCAAUUUACUGUACUGACAAUUUACUGUACUGUCAAUUUACUGUACUGUCAAUUUACUGUACUGACAAUUUACUGUACUGUCAAUUUACUGUACUGUCAAUUUACUGUACUGUCAAUUCCCUGUACUGACAAUUUACUGUACUGUCAAUUUACUGUACUGUCAAUUCCCUGUACUGACAAUUUACUGUACUGUCAAUUUACUGUCCUGACAAUUUACUGUACUGUCAAUUUACUGUCCUGACAAUUUACUGUACCGGACUACAAACAACUGUGUUAGCAUCAAGAUGUAUGGAUAGUCUUUUUAUUUUAUUUAAAGAAACACUGGAAAACCCAUCCAAACAAACCACACCAUUUAAGAGAGUUUCCAAACUUCCAUCACUGAAAACCAACUGAUAAUGUAUAGAUAACGAAUACAUAUCUCUAUGGCAACCAAAAACUGCAUGGUCAACAGAAGACUGCAUGAGCUUUAUGACCUUUCCAAACUGUAGAUCAAUUAUAAUAGUGGCUGCAUCGUUUAAAGAAAACCCUUGCUUUCAUCUAAACCAAAGGCUUCUAUAUCAAAUAUUUUCCUUUAUUUUGAAUGUAUUUUAGAAAAUGUUAUUGUUUGCUAAAGGACCGUUUUCAUCUCAGACCAGACGUACGUUCGGAUUGGUGCUUGCUACAGUAUGGCAACACUGUGUACUGAAUCUGAUCAGUUCUGAUGUUGUAAGUAUUAACAUGUUCAAACUAGCCUGGUCUCAGAUCUGUUUGCGCUGUCUUGCCAACUAUAUGCUCAUUGUCAGGCCAAACACGGCAAUGACCAAUGACAACAAUCAUAGGAGUUGUCUAUACAGCACAAACAAAUCUGUGACCAGGCUAUACGUUGAAACCUCUCUUUACUAACAUGCUGCGCGAGCGUGUGCGAGUGGUGCAAAAUAAAUGUACAUAUUCAUGUUAUUCAAUCAUUGCACCCACACUGCACACGCACGUCAACGAGCAUCUGCGUAGCCAGACGUUAAAAUAGAACUUGGUUCCAUUUGUGACGCUUGAUGCGCUGCAAGUCUCGCCUCUCCCAUUUCCUCAUUGGUAUUUAGGAGCAUAUACCCACGUGGGUGAUUGAAAGAUGAACUGAGGUCCACACUCCAGGCCAGUUGGUGGUGGUAAUGCACCUUAAAGUUGGUUGCCAACCGCCAAAGAAGAAGAAGAAGCCGCCUGGAGGAGGAGAGAUUACUAGAAACAAACUCUGUUUACCCUUUUAUCCAUGGAUUAAUUGUCGGAGUAGAGGACAUUGUGCAUUUCAGGCAAAAUAACAACCAAAUGUUUAUAUCCCAGGACAAAUUAGCUAGCAACAGCAAGCUAGCUAAAUUGGCAUAUAUGUUUAAUGCUUUUCGAUCUGUCCCCAAAUGAAUGUAGUUGGUUCAGAAUUCGUGUUGAUAUUUCAACCUGCGUGUCCUGACGCACGCGCGCGCCCGGUCUAGUCAGCAUGUUAGAAUGGUGAAGAGAGGUGACUAGUUCCUGUUUGAUGACAGGCAGUGAUGUGAUUGGUAGAUGUGUGAUUGAUACAUGUUUCUCUUACCGUCCGUCUGUCAGACAUUAUUUGUGUCUGAAAUGGCACCCUAUUCCCUCUAUAGUGCACUACUUUUGACCAGAGUCCUAUGGCCCCUGUAGUAGUAGUAGUGCACUAGAGUCCUAUGGCCCCUGGUGGUUAAAAGUAGUAAAUUAGUCCUAUGGCCCCUGGGGGUCAAAAGUAGUGCACUAGAGUCCUAUUGCCCCUGGUUGUCAAAAGUAGUCCACUAGUCCUAUGGCCCCUGGUGGUCUAAAGUAGUGCACUAGAGUCCUAUGGCCCCUGGUGGUCAAAAGUAGUGCACUAGAGUCCUAUUGCCCCUGGUUGUCAAAAGUAGUGCACAAGUCCUAUGGCCCCUGGUGGUCAAAAGCAGUGCACUAGACCUAUGGCCCCUCGUGGUCAAAAGUAGUGCACUAGAGUCCUAAGUCCCCUGGUGGUCAAAAGUAGUGCACUAGAGUCCUAUGGCCCCUGGUGGUCAAAAGUAGUGCAAUAGAGUCCUAUGGCCCCUGGUGGUCAAGGGUGCAUUUUAGCAUGCUACCAUUGUGCAUCUAUAUAAGAAAUGUGAUCCUAUAAGAUAUCUAUAACAACCGAUAGAAAACCUAUUGACUGCUAUGGGAAUGUGACCGAGCAGCUCAGAGACGAGAGAGACUGUUAACUCCUGGGGUCUGUUAAAUCAAAAUCCAAUCCAAUGUUAUUUGUCACAUGCUUGGUAAACAACAGCUGUAGACUAACAGUGUAAUGCUUCCUGACGGGCCCUUCACCAACAAUACAGAGAGAAACAUAGAAAACAUUAUAGAAAGAUAAUAUUAUAGAUAAAUAAAAUGUUUUGUCUAGAUCAGGUAUGUUUGUCAUGUAGAACUGAGUCCUGUCAGCUCUACUCGUUACAUUUCUACCUGAAAUGGUGUUAAUGUUUAACCUCAUCGAAUACACCCCUGCUCUUUUUUUAUUUGUAUUAUAAGUAAUCCAUUUGCCUACUACCAAUGUUUGUUUGUCAUUUUUUCACAUUGUAUAUUGAGGAUUACACUAUGAUAUGUUGGGCUUGUCAGACGUCAGAGAAAAACAUGGUCUGUGAUAUAUGCAAGGGUAUUUCUUUUCUAACUUAUGUCACACUGUAUGAUUUCAUCGUUCAUCAAAUUCAAUAAAUGUUAAGGAUCA